UAACUGCGUCCUCCAUGAGAGGGGAGUGGACAGAAUGGCCGUGGAGGAUCGAUGUGUCAAAUAACCACCCAUGUGCCGCAAUUGUCCGGUUGCACGUGUUGCAGAGAGCAAUGGAGGUGUUGCAAACUGACAAAUACUACAUCUUCAACAGGGGUCAAGAUUCCCUCUGGUGUGACAGGAGGACGGGCCAUUUCCAAGCCAAAACAUGUUGGGAUCUUGCAAGUGCCGAAAAUCCAACAUGUCUCGGAAUAAUCCACCUUCUCCUCGGCAAGCUACAAAUCCAUCCGGAUUUAUCGCCACGACUGGUGCUAGUGUCAGGGGUACGAGAAGUUGGUAGCUUGGCUGAGGGUCAGCGUGUGUGGUGCAUUACACGUGUUGUUUUCCUGCCGCUGAAUUCGCCUCCUGAUGCUGACUUCAGUAUACUUCCUUGCAAAAAACAUGCCAACCAUCCAUCCAGUGCCAGCGGAGAAAAAAAGCUUGGAUUACCAUUUGGAGACUUGCAACAGAAGGUGGCUCUUUCAAAGACAUUUGGGACAAUUCGUAGUGUCACAUCGACAAUAAAAAGUGCAACUGUUAAUGCGGCAGCAACAGCAACUGGACAGAGCAAAGUGCGGCGUGAUGGAAGGGACAGAGACCGAUAUGAGCGGAGAGUUUUAGAUGAGUUAAGCAAGAUGUUCAAUGACUCUGACUCCUUCUAUUUCUCAUCUGAGGCAGAUUUAACAAGUUCAUUGCAACGACAGAGUUUACCUUCCUAUGACAAGAGUUUGCCACUCUGGCGCAGAGCUAAUGAUAAUUUUUUUUGGAAUAGGCAUCUGCUUAUAGAUCUGAUUAGUCAAGAGGGAUCAAAUUUUGAUGUCUGGAUUGUUCCGGUAAUACAGGGUUUUGUGCAAAUAGAGGCAGUACCUCUGGAUGCCCCAAUAUCUUCACCAGAUGAUUCUGUAGAUAAGAUAUUACAUGAACAGGUUUAAGGAUGCCUAUCGUCAAGCCACGAUUGAUCACUUACUAGGAAACCCAAUCAGGGAGGACAUGAUCACAUUCAACCCCGAGCUUGCUGGCGAGGAAGAGGAGUCCUCCAUGACUCCUGAGCAUGUCAAGCAUGUCAUUGAUGACUGUAAAAAGUUGCUAGUGCCGGAUGCGGAAACGAUCCUGGGAGCUUGGGGACUCAUUGAUGCUGACCCAUCCACUGGAGAUCCAGACCAAACUGAUAUGGACAUCAUUCUGGUGUUGACAAGAGACUCAUAUUAUGUUGCUCAGUAUGAUGAGGAAACGGACCAGAUCUUGCGUUAUGAGCGUGUGUCGUUGAUAGACUUGGAGAAGAUAGAGAUGGGACCAUACACAUGCCAAGGUAUGUUCAAACAGUCGCGACCCCAUCAAUGUGUCCGUUUCAACUACCUGGUGGAUGGUCAGAGUGGGUACUUGCACACUUUCCGCUCCAUGAACAUCCGUUUCUUCAACAACAUGGCCAUUACUAUCAAAUCUGAGGAGGAAAUGAUUGAAUCUGUCAAAGCCAUUGGGGAAACAUUUGAGGUGGCGGUGCAAAUGAUUGGCUGUGAGGUUCAGCUAAUCACCGGAAAGAUGGAGAAGAAGAGGAGUCGAGGGCGCAACCAGCUGGCCAAUCUCCUUAAUCCCAUUGCAUCACUCACUAAGACGUCUCCAGACACUCUCAAGACAGCAGGAACACGUGCAUUUAGCAACAUGACGUCAGGCUUGGCAAAGCUAAACCCGAUGGCCAGUUUACGAAUGAAAAGGGCCAGUCACCCCACAGUUCAUCCAGCUGCGUCAACAUUUUACUUCCAGAAACCAACAGUAUCUGUACAGAAUGGGAGUGACGUGAUGAUACAGAUGGGUGGAAAUGAAACUUACCUGGCAUCUUGUGGUGUUUUGGCCUCUAGCUUGAUGGCCCCACCUUCCCCACCACCACGGUAUCCUUCACCUCCUAUUGCCAGGUGCCACAGUGACUCUGCCAUCUUGCAUGGCAGCAUCUUAGGAAGAAGCAGCAUCCCUGGUGUUUCAGCCAACCGUUCGCCAACCCCUGAGAUUUUGGUGAGUGGGACUGGCGAUAAGAACAACACGCCUGCCAUCACACCCACUUUGGGAGGCCUUUCACCAUCCCUGUUGAUGCAGAGGGUUAGGAAAAUCUCUCAUUCUUCGGAUGAAGUGGAUGUACGAGAUGAGAGGGAUGCAGGAGUCUUAAGAGCAUCUUCUGCCACAAACCUGCAGCUACAUCUUCCCUCGAGCCAUUCAGAGGGACACAUUGGGGGAACAUCCACACAGUCAGCAGCCCUGAAUGCAGGAGACCACUCAAACCCUCUCUCACCACUGUCUGCUCUCAACAAAGAAGCUGUGUUGGCUCCUUUCUCUGUGCUGGCACGAGGUGUCCAGAGCUUAGCACCAGGAGCAGGACGUCUCGCAAGAGGAAUGCAGAGCAUUGGGGCUAACUUUGAUCCCCGGCGCUUGCGUGCCCAACGCCAAAGGCAGCUUGAAGAUGAUCCAGUAUUGACAGAAAAGAAACAGAACUGUAAAACACGGAUAAUUCAGCUUUAAAAUGACUGCCUUCUGUAGCAUGGCAUGUGUUUUUAAAUUUUAGGUAGCUACCUUUCCCAUUUGAAUAAAUUUAUUAUUGACAACAGGUCAUCCCUGGAGAAAACUAGUAAUCAAAAUUAGACUAAAGUUAGAUUGGUAUUAAGUCAGCUUGUGUUGAAAUGUAACAGAUUCGUCCAAUUCGAAUUUUUAGAUAAUUUAUACGAUGCUGUUUGUGCAGCUGAUUGGUUACUGUAGUUCCUUGAUAAGAUGGUUCAAUUUACCACAAUUUGUUCUCAGUGACCUUUGUUAAUAAAUGAUUUGAUGAUCAGCAUUUGAACAUUCCAUGAGGAAUAUAUAAUUUGAUCUCACUGAUUAAUAUUGUUUUGCGCACAGUAUUAGUACAUAAGCACUUCCAAUGUUGAGGUUUUGUGUGGAGGUCUUCCAGUUGUU